AUGGUAGACGAUGAGAUAUCUCAGCUUGCCACUGAAGACGCCCAGAAAGAGUUAGAAAAACCUAUCACUAAAGGUAGUACACACAAAUCAUCACAGAGUGAUGCAGUGCCUCACUCGCGGUUCGGGGUGCGUGAAAAAUACAUCAUGGUGCUGAUAUGUGCUUCCAGCGGGAUCUUUUCCACAAUUGCGGCGUCAAUAUAUUAUCCUGCUCUGAAUAACAUUGAAAGUGAGUUCAAAAUUACCACAGAGCUGGUGAACGUGUCAGUGGUUUUGUACUUUGUUUUCCAAGGUUUAGCUCCUACGCUUAUGGGCGGUUUGGCUGAUACUUUUGGACGCCGCCCAGUUGUGUUGUGGUCCAUCACGCUGUACUUUGUGGCCUGUAUUGGCUUGGCGUGUUGCAAGUCUUUUGGCGAAAUUUUGUUCCUCCGGUGUUUGCAGAGUGCCGGCAUUUCGCCUGUUAUCGCUGUUAAUAGUGGUAUUAUGGGUGACAUCACCACUAGGGAACAAAGAGGGGGUUACGUAGGAUUAACGGCGGGCUUUCAAAUCAUGGGCUCUGCGUUUGGCGCUCUCAUAGGUGGUGGGCUCACAUCCAGAUGGGGCUGGCGUAGUAUUUUCUGGUUUCUGGCAAUCGGGUCAGGAACAAGCCUGAUUUUUACUUCCUGUGUGCUACCGGAGACCAAGCGUAGCAUCGUCGGUAACGGAUCCAUCAAGCCCCGCAAUAUGUGGUCGCUAGCGCCAAUUUUAGCAGUUCCUGCAUGGAAGAAAAAGCUGCAUUUGGAUAACCCCGACUACGAAUCGCUGAUUCCCUCCGAGAAGCUCGAUCUAUUGGCACCUCUCACACUAUUUCGUCGUCCGGAACUUGCACUCUUGCUGCUGGUGGUUGGCUUGCAGUUUUCACUUUGGGUGACGCAUUUGACGGCUAUGGCGUCACUAUUAGAAAAAGAUUAUCAUUUAUCCGUGGCUAAAGUUGGACUGUGCUAUUUACCAAGCGGUAUCUGCACUUUGAUCAGCGUAGUUGGCGUGGGAAGAAUUCUGAAUUGGAACUACAAACGUCGGUAUGCGAAACACACAGCAUUUCUACAAAAAGAGCGGGUCAGGCUUCUGGCGGAGUACAAUCAAAAUGAGAAAAAAGUAGACAAGAUUUUGGCCACGGACGUCGCAUUUGCCUUCAACAUCUUCCGUGCACGCCUCGAAAUCAUUUUUGUUCCAAUGAUGCUCAGUGGCGCUGGUUUCAUGGUUUUUGGCUGGUGUCUGGGCGCCAAACAAAGUGUUGCCAUUGUUCUAGUUUUCAGUGGAUUCGCGUCGCUAUUUUCCAAUUGUGUUGUUGCAUGUUCCACAACCCUGAUUGUUGACCUGUAUCCGCAGAAGUCGUCUACUGCCACUGGGUGCGUCAAUUUUGCACGCUGUAUAAUGGCUGCUGUACUCGUGGCAGCGCUGAACAAGAUGUUAAAAGCGAUGACAGUAGGAGGCACCUUUACCUUUCUGGCAUGUCUUACUAUGUGCUCAACUUUUGCCCUUAUCGUUCCGAUCAAAUAUGGCAUGCGGAUGAUGCAUGAACGUAACCUGAAGGAACAGGAGGCCCGAAAGGGCUCUACUGUAGUGGACAAAGAGAGCCAGACAAAUAUCACUGACUUUGACGACGAGGUCGAGCAAGGUGGCGAAGAAAAUGACUCGGAGAGUCACUACGAUGAGGCGUACCAUCCGCAUCGCGAAGAUGUCAGUACACCGGGUUCCCGCGAAGUUGAGUUGCUCAGACGUAUAUCAACAAUACAUUCGUCAACCUUUGCCACGUGA